AAUGAGGUAAAACAGGAUUAGACCUACUUUCUAAACCUACUGGCGCUUCUUCUUCCGUCGUCCUGAAGCCUGGGCGGCAGUAAUGUCGCCGGCGGAAGGAUCCGACCGGGCGAACCCGCAGACAAAGCUCUCCUAUGCAGCAGCGGUAAGGUAUCCAAUCCCCGGCCAAUGAUUGCACAACCAAAAAUGCUCCUUUUCCGACACGACACACCUGGGUUCGACUGGAACUUACAGCGGAAUCCCGUCGGUCGUCUUCUCUGAAGACGAUUUACAGGGUUUCUCUCACCCUUUCACUUAUGCGCUGGUAGGUACGUUCCCCUCCGGAAGGCCCCCCAUCCCUAAGCUUCGUAAAGCUUUCGAAGGUUUAAUCUUUUCGGAACCCUAUUCAGUCAGAUUGCUUCAAUCGAACGUUAUUCUAGUAAAUUUUAAAUCUGAUCUUGAUUUCCAAAGUUUUUGGGAAAAAAAUAUUGGGAUUUCUUUGAUUAUCAGCUUGUUGUUACUAGAUGGACGCUUUGUUUCUCUCUAGAACGGGACUCCCCCUAGCCCUAGUCUGGAUCUCCCUUGAGGGUCUCCCCAUCCAUCUACACGAUUUAAGGGCCCUAUAUUCUAUCGCUAAGGUGGUGGGGAAACCCAUCCGCAUAGACGCUCCUACUGCAAAUUUUUCCAGACCUUCUACAGCUAGGGUAUGUAUUGAAAUGAAUGCCUCUGUUGAACUGCCACCUAAACUUUGGAUUGGAAAUGGUGCAUCAGGUUUCUUUCAGAAUAUUGUGUAUGAAAAUUUGCCUCUUUUUUGUCUUAGUUGCUCUCGGUUUGGUCACACGAAUAAGGCAUGCCCCCGGGCUCCCAGUGCCCCUGAAAAUGAUGCUGAUGCCCCAACCAAUGAUGUGACUACCCCUUAGGCUGCCUCUGUUUCAGCUGUAGGUGGACAAAAAGCCCCUGCAGUUGAGACUAAUGGUAUCCCCUGUGUUCUUGUUAAUGAUGUUAUUGAUGAUUAUGUUCUCCCGUGUGCCCAUGAUAAAACUGACUGUGUCCCUGUUAAUGAUGUUAUUCCUGUUGUUGCUUCUGUUAUUGAUGCUCUCGAUGUCCCUAUGGUACCUAAUAAAUGUUGUUAUUGAUGAAAAUGUUGUUGAUGCCCCUGAUUGUGCUGUAAUGGCACCCCAGGAUGUUGUUGGGUCCGCUCUUCAUGCCCCUGUUAAUGUUGUUGUUGGGUCUGCUUUUAAUGCCCUGGCUGCUGAGGGCAUUAUUGUUGAUAAUAUUACUGUCCAACUCCCUUUGUCUGCUGAUUUUGAUACUUGGUUGCAGCAGAUAUUCCUGAGGCCCCUAUUGAUGUUACUAAAGCACCUUUUAAUGCAUCUUUAGAGAUGCAUAUAGUCUGCCGUGGAAUUUUUCCCCAAGCCCCUACUGAUUCUUUCCCUUCUGUCCACACGGAGGCCUUCUUUGAUGCUACAAGUAAUGCUGAGGUUUUCCAACAUCCGGUGGCUCUCGAUGAAACCCCGGUGGCCACCCUUAACGUGGCGGUAAACGAGGUCAUUCAUCAACCAGACACCCAUGAUGCUGGCAUAACCUUGUUUGAGUCCCGAAAUGGAAAUGAUGAGAUCCUCUUUGAUCCAACGCUUGAUUGUGCAGAUACUACACAUGUCCCAAUCCUGUCCAGUGAUGAAACUUUCUCUGAGGAUUCCCAAAUGAAAAUUUCUUCUGUUUCAGGUCACGAAGAUAAUCAUACAAUCGAUGAGGGAAAUCUUGAAGGCUUUACACAGGUCCAAAGAAGAAGAAGCAAAACUAUUUCAAUGAACCCACCAAACGAAGUCACUAAAGACGAACAACUAUACUAUGAGGUGGGAUACUCAUCUCAUCCCAUGAUCACCAGAAGCCAAUAAAAAAGACCCCAAAAUGAAUCAGACUACUUUCUCUACCCUGUUGAUGACAGGUUCGACUCACCGCAAAAACUAGCAACAGCUCUCCAGCGCUUCAGGUUAUCUCGUCCGGAUGAAACAACAUUCAGGCCUUACCUUAAGAGGGCCAUCAGGUUCCAAAACAAAUAUAACAGAGCGCUCUCGGCUUCAAUUGGGAUCCCUCAAAAUAAUUUCAAUUGUUGAUGUACCCAUUUGUAUUUGUUCUUCUUGCUUCACCUUUUGGAUUCUCAAACCUUUGUACCCAAAAAUUUAUUUUAAUAAAUUAGGGAGGUGUUCCCCGACACCCCCACCUAGUGU